AUGAACGACGACAACAAUCGUACACCGGAGGCAUUGUCGGAAGAAUCUGAUUCGGAGUUUGAAGACGGCGGUGACGGUGUUAAUUAUAGUGCAAAUUUUGUCACGGGCACGUUUUUUCCAAUGUUUGAUGAUCCAGUUAAAUGGGCGGAUGCUGUUGCCAUAAAUCUGGGAUUUAUUUUGAUAUAUUAUGAGUUCAUCACCGAUAGUUGGAAGAUCCGGGCAAAAAAUGAUGCAACUGGGACCCAUAACCAUCCAAUGAUUGUGUAUCAGGAGGGUCAUCAUAAAAUUAGUGGCUUGAGCCCGGAUGCGAAGAAGGUUGUGCAUGACAUGAAAAAGUCCAAGGUUGCACCGCGUAACAUCAUGGCGACUAUUGCAGAGCAAUUUCCUGAUGAUCAUUCAAACAUCAGACACAUUUACAAUUGUCGGAAUGACUUGAGAACGAAAAUGUCUGAUGGGAAAGGAGUUGUUCAGCAAUUUCUUAAUUUGGCGAGACAUAGUCAGUAUAUUUACUGGGUCAUGUCUGAUGAUCUCGGCGUUCUACAUUAUGCGUUUAUGGUGCACCCAAUCACGAGAUUAAGAGAGUUGAUUGGGUAUGAUAAGGAACCCUCAGUAUUUUUGACAAACCGUGAGCUUGGCCUCUGUGCGGCAUUGAGAAAAGUGUUUCCAGGGACGUCGCAUUUACUUUGUCGAUGGCACAUUAACAAAGAUAAGGAGUCUCGGGUCACUGAUAUGUUCAAAAACAAGAGGAUUGGUGCGACUUUCAAAAACGGCAAAUGGAAACGUAUCAUGGAUGCUGCAACCGAGGCGGAUUAUAAUGCUGCUGUAGAUACAAUGAAAGCUCGGUGGGCAAGUUAUCCGACAGUGAUUAGUUAUGUUGAGAAAACAUGGCUUUGUCAUAAGACCAAAUUUGUGACAUUUUGGACGAACCAAGUUCUUCACUUAGGUAACACGAGUACUUGCGGAGUUGAGAGCCAACAUUCGGCCGUGAAGAUGUGGUUUGAAUCUUCGACAGGUUUUGGUGAGAAGUACAGACAAUUGCCACUGUCACGUAUUAACGGCAAGGUGUCUCAGCAUUGUUUGAAAGUUCUCGAUGACGAAACGAGAAGGAUGAGGGAGCUGAGUUAUCAGGUGUAUGUGCAUUGUGGAUGUGCAAUGCGUGUGACCCACGGUUUUCCAUGUGCUUGCCAAAUACAUGAUUUGCUAGUUGCACAAACAAGCUUUUAUAUCAAGAUAAGUCAUCCGUUCUGGAAGACCUUGGUUAUCGGUGAUGGUGUUGAUGUACCGGUGUUCGUUAACGACUCAACCGAGGAAACUGCACAUUUUCGUUCCCUGGUUGAUGAGGUCAUUGGUAGUGAUCCUGCUAUACUUUGA